UCACGCAAUGUUUCCGCUCCUUGGUUUAUUGUGUCUGUCGGAAAUGAGUCAAUGAUCAAGGUCAGCCACAUGCACGAGGAUAAAAGGAUCUCUAAACUGAAACCAAACUAAACUCUAAAUUUCCUUAUCUCAACGCGACUGUUCGAAGCCAAAAUGGAAGUCGAAUAUCAAGCAAUAACCGUCGGUGAAGAAAACCAGAAUACCCAGGCCAGUGCCGACGAACCAAGGGACAAGAAUCGAGGUAGCCCAGAGGAAACCAGUGAUGUUGUGCCAAGGGUCUCUCUUGAAAGAAGAGUUGGUGUUCAUCAGAAGAUUUGCUGCUGGAAGUGUUUGACUUCAGAAUAUUUCCUGUUUGGGAUCCCAGCUCUGCCAAUCACGUUCGCUGUGUUGAUUCUAUUGGCUCUUAUUAUCAAUUACGCCAUUGCUGUUUCCUUGGGUCACGUGGCACCAUUUCUGCCCUACGUCAGUUGGUUAGCAUCCAACAGUCCUGAAGAGUACAUCUUUGACUUUAUGAUGAGCCUAGUUGCCAUCAACGUGGCAUUCAUCAUAUACUUCAAGUUCAAGGUAAUCGCUGAUAACUACAAAGGACCUCAUUUAGUAAUUCUCUUGAUCCUCAAUAAGACCUGUGCUUGGAUAGGAUUUCUAGGAAGCCUUCUAUUCUUACUCAGUGCUACAUUUCCUCUGCAACAACUGGCAAAUUGGCGUAUAAACUCUUGGAAAAGGGGAAAGAUGAAAAACAAUGGAAAGCUGGUGAUGGGGGAUAUGAACUCCAUGUGACCGCAGCUAUUUGUGAGUGGUCCUUGGUUUUCCUCAUGGUCGCGUUUUUCUUGACCUACAUCUCAGAGCUCGAUAGCCAUGUAACAGAGAUGAAAGUUAGUUACAGACACAGCAACUUAGCAUCACUGGAAGAGGUAUAGAUAAGGUCACCAAAAGAGUAGAAAGCCAUACACUACGAUUUUGAUGGCUUGAAAACCGGAAAAGCGAAACAAGAAGGGAUAAUAACAG